AGCAGAAGCGGAUAAAAAGCUAGGGUUACCAAAUCCCACAUUUUCAGCCUCUUUUCCUUUCUUCCUCCUAUUACACUUCUCACCAUGGCCAUGCCCCGUAUCCAAUGACAUCUCGUCCUAGUCGCAAUAUGGACUGUUAGCGUUCUGUUUGCUCCGAGCUCUUAUAUUCUUCUGUCCGCUUAGAGAUUUCUCCGUUUCGACCUUUUCGUGCUUGCGGUUACGAGAAGCCAGGGAAAGUUGAGUUGGCCGCUAAGCUCGCUCCUGCGGUUCUGGGCUGCUUCUUUUAGGCAAGCUGGAUCUGUGAAGAGAGCGAAAUGCCCGGUAGAUGUUCAACGUUGAUCCGACAAUGUACUACCCUUAUAGACAAGAUGGCUCCGUCAAAGAGCAGUCGAUGCUUAACACAUCAACACCGGCCGUGCUUGAUUCGGGAAACUCAAGUCGUCAGUUCGCGUCAUCGUUCGCAGCGCCACAGACACAAGCGGCAAAUCCAGGAGCGUUCCACCACGGAGGUAACUUGCAAUCGCUGCACAAUGUCCAGGCGACGGGGUACAGCAUACAGAGUAUGCAGAACGCGCUCACGAGAAGCACGGGAAUGGGCGGCAUGCCAACCGCGCAGGCGCAGCCCCCCUCCGCAGCCAACAUGGGGGCAGGCCGUUUCGGCAGCAGCGCGCUCCCCGCCAACCUGCAGCAGCAGCAGCAGCAGAUCCCAGGGCUGCACACGCACACAGGCGCGGUGACCACCCGCGGGGGGAGCGCAGUGAGCCUAGUGGGCGGCCACCCCUUCGGCAGCGGCAUGAGCGGACUAUCCGGCGGAGCAGGCGCGCCUGGGGUAGCCUCAGCAGGUGGAGGGAUAAGCGGAAUGAGCGGGAUGAGCGGGAUGAGCGGGAUGAGCGGGAUGAGCGGGAUGAGCGGGAUGAACGCGAAUGUGCCUGGGCAGAGAACCAUUGGCUCCACUGGCGGUCUAGGGGGAAACCCGUCGCAGAUAGCAGGGUCCGCGGGAAGAUUAGGCGCGCCUGGGACGCUUGGCAUGGCCGGGGCGGGCGGAGGGAUGGGGCUUUCCGCGGGGGCAGGAGCGGGAGGGGGCACGAGUACGGGGCUGACGCGGGCGAUGAAUCCCGCAGGCGCGCUAGGCAUGUCGACGGUAGGGGGAACGCGCGCGCUGGGAUCUGUAGGGUUGGGCGGAACGCUUGGGGGGAGCGCAGGCGCGGUGGGAGUGCAGGGGCCUGGGCGGCCGCUGGGGGCAGGAAUGAUUCCUGGGCAGGGGCAGGCGCAGGGGCAACAGCAGCAGCAGCAGGCACAGCAGCAGGCGCAGCAGCAGUCGCAGCAGCAGGCGCAGAUGUUGGCGCUAGGGAUGCAAUCGCAGGGUCAACACCAUCAGCAACAGCAGCAGCAGCAGCAGCUUUCAGCAGGGCAGCAGCAGCAGCAGCAAGGGCAGGGGGGGCAGCAAGGGUUGCAGGCAGGGUCAUACCAGCCGUCAGGAGACGUGAUGGCUAUGAUCAACCGCGCUGGUACGCCUGCGGGCAUGCUCGCCAGCAACAGCUACCUGCAGACUCAGCAGCAGCAGCAGCAGCUGUUGCAGCAGCAGCCGAAGCAAAUGUCAGCAGUUAACGGGCAGCUAGGCCCGACCUCGUUGCUCCUUGAUCCGCAGCAACACAUGCACAUGCAGCAGCAGCAGCAGCAGCAGCAGGGGGGAGGGCCGGUGUUGCUACAAAAGCAAGGGCAGGGGCAGGGAGAGAGCAAACGGGAGGGGUUGAAGGGAGAGGGCGAGCAGGGGGAGGAGUCAAGGCAGGGGAACCAGGGAGGGCAGGAUCAGGAGCAGCAGACAGGGAGGGGGGAGCAGCGAGAGGGGGAUGGAGUUGCGUUUGACAUGAGUGAUUUCCCUACUCUCAACACGCGGCCGGCUGGGAACGCUGCCAUGGCAUCAGGCGUAGGGUCGGCAGCAGCAGCAGUGUUGCGCAAGGGAGCGCCGUUGAACGCGCUGCUGCACCAGGGGGGCCCGGAAUUCAGCAUACAGAACGAGGACUUUCCUGCAUUGCCUGGCCAAAAAGCUGGAGGGGACAACGGAGGGGACAAGGACAGUUCCGCUCAGCAGCAGCAGGGCGGGGGAGGGUCGAUCAGAAGCCACCUGGACAUGCUUCAGCAGCAGCAGCAGCAGCUGCAGCACCUCAGCUUGCACGACAACCCCCACCUCCACCAGUACCACCAGCACCAGCAGCAGCAGCACCAGCAGCAGCAGCAGGGGCAGCAGGGGGGGCAUCUGAAGCACCUAGAUCCGCGCAUGCUCUCGUCCCCACCGCCCCUCAACGCGCCAGGUGCGCCCACCAGCUCCAUGCUUCUCCUGCAACGCUCUGCUAGUCCUAGCCCCUCCCUCCAGCAGCAGCAGCAGGAGCAGGCGCGGGCAGCAGAGGGGUCAGGUUUGCGGCACACAGGAGGGUCUGGAAGCGUGCUACAGGGGCAACAUCAGCAGCAGCAGCAGCAGGGAGGGGUGGGGGGGUUGAAACCUGGCGACCAGCUAGGCUCAGCGCCUGGGUCUCGAUCUAACACUCCCGGCCCCAUGCCCCCCCAGCAGCAGCAGGUGGGCGGCGGGCAGGUGGGAGCAGCGAAGGAGCAGGGUAUAGGAGGGCCGGAUCGAUACGGGCUGCUGGGGCUGCUGAGUGUGAUUCGGAUGAGCGAUCCAGAUUUGACCACGCUGGCGCUGGGCACCGAUCUGACGACUCUCGGGCUGAAUCUGAACUCGCGGGAGAAUCUGUACCGCACGUUUGCAUCGCCGUGGGCGGAUGGGCCGACUAGAGCGGAGCCGGAGUUCAGCCUACCCGCUUGCUACAUCCAGCCCACACCUCGUCUGCAGCCCGGGUACUUCUCCAAGUUCCAGCAGGACACGCUCUUCUAUAUAUUCUACAGCAUGCCCCAUGACGAGGCACAGUUGUUUUCUGCUGACGAACUUUGCAACCGCGGGUGGUUCUACCACAAGGAGCACCAGGUGUGGUUCACCCGCGUGCCCAACAGCGAGCCCGUGGUGAAGACCCCCACGUACGAGCGCGGCUCCUACUACUUCUUCGACCCCACCGUGUGGGAGACGGGCCGGAAGGAUAACUUUGUGCUACAGUACGAGAUGCUAGAGGCCCGGCCCCAGCUGCCCAUCCCCCCCCAGCGAUAGUGCAGCUGCUGACCUCGGGCAGGCGGGCAGGGAGCAAAAGUUUCGAUGGAGAUGGCACAGGAGGAGAGGGUGGAUGAGAGGAAGGUGCCGUGAAUAUGGGGACUGCAAGGUGAAGGCUGGUUACGGAAUCGCUAUUGAUAGAAAAGAAUUAAUAAUUGGGAAUUGGGAGGAUUGGAUUGGAAUGUGGAUAGAAAGAAUGAAGGGAGCGGAGGGGAGCGGGGGGGGGGGGGAGUGUGGUUCGGAACGUAAAGUGGUGGAUCAUUCGGUGGAGGUAAGGAGAGGAGGAAGAGAGGGAUAGGAAAGGGGAGUCAAGGAAAGCAAGAGAUGCACGAUGCAUCAUCUCCUCAUCGAUAGUCACUAAUCGCUGCUGCCUGAUUUCGGUUCUUGCUAUAAUGCUCACCCUUGUUGAGAAUCAGAGGGUUGUGAUCAGACCCCUCUGAUAUCUCUCACUUGCUUUCUUCAGAACGUGUAGGCACCUUUCAGCCGCAUGAAGGCUCAUUUUCUCUAUUGAAAUUAG